AUGAGUGUCGAUUCAAAAGCGCUUCCUGCCGACUUGGCCAAGGAGAUCGAAGUCUACAAGAAUCAGUUCUGGGUGCCUACCGAGACCUUGAACAAAAUCAUCGAGUACUUCAUUUCCGAGCUCGACAGAGGUAAUGCCGACGGUACUGAUCCAACUGGUAUUCCUAUGAACGCUGCUUGGGUUCUGGACUACCCAGAUGGGUCCGAAACCGGUGACUAUUUGGCCAUCGACUUGGGCGGAACUAACUUGCGUGUCGUUCUUGUCCAUCUCCUUGGAAACCACAAGUUCACCACCGAACAAUCGAAAUAUCACAUCCCAACAAAGAUGAGAACCACACAACACAGAGAAGAGUUGUUUGGUUUCAUCGCCGAAUGUCUCGAGGACUUCCUCAAGCAACAGCAUCCUGAAGGCAUUCCAACCGGCAAACUGUUCCCGUUGGGAUUCACCUUCUCGUACCCAGCUUCCCAGAACAGUAUCACCGAGGGUGUUCUGCAGAGAUGGACCAAAGGUUUCGACAUUCCAAAUGUCGAGGGCCACGACGUUGUGCCUCUGUUGAUGGAGCAGGUGGAGAAAAAAGGCCUUCCAAUUAAAAUUGACGCCUUGAUCAACGACACCAGUGGAACUUUGGUUGCAUCUAGAUACACCGACGAACUCACCGAGAUGGGCUGCAUCUUUGGAACAGGUGUCAACGGUGCGUACUACGACCGCAUCAAGAACAUUCCAAAACUCCAAGGCAAAUUGGAAGCCGACAUCGCUCCAGACUCGCCAAUGUUGAUCAACUGUGAGUAUGGAUCUUUCGACAACGCCCACAAAGUUCUUCCAAGAACCAAAUUCGACAUCCAAAUCGAUAACGAGUCUCCAAGACCAGGCCAGCAAGCUUUCGAGAAGAUGACCUCCGGUUACUACUUGGGAGAGCUCAUCAGACUCAUCAUGUUGGAGACCUACGAGAAAGGACUUAUCUUCAAGAGCUACACUAAGAGCUGCGAGCAGAUCAAGAACUUGCAAACUCCAUACUUCCUCGACACCUCUUUCCUGUCGAUCAUCGAGGCCGAUGACACCGCCGACUUGAGCGUGACCUCCAACGAGUUCUCGUCCAAGCUGUUUAUCGACACCACUUUCGAGGAGAGACUGUUUGCUAGAAAGCUUUCGCAGUUCAUCGGUACCAGAGCCGCCAGAUUGUCGAUCUGUGGUAUUUCUGCUGUCUGCAAGAAGAUGGACCACAAGGUUGCCCACAUUGCUGCCGACGGAUCUGUCUUCCUCAAGUAUCCAUACUUCCCAGAGAGAGCUGCCCAAGGUUUGAGUGAUGUGUUUGGAUGGGAGGGUAUCGACAUGAAAGACCACCCUAUUCAGAUCAAGCACGCCGAGGACGGUUCUGGAGUUGGAGCCGCCAUCAUUGCUGCUCUUUCCCACGCAAGAAAGGAGAAAGGUUUGUCUUUGGGAGUCAAAUUAUAA